AUGGUUACAUCUCCCGGCCCCGGCGCCUCAUUGUCCGGCACGGUGACCGAGGCGGCCAAGGACGCUGGUGCCUGGCUGAGGGACUACGUGACGGCCAUCAAGAAUGGGAGGUGGCACCCCUUCAAUGCCACGGAGAGGGCGGCUAGAGCAGCUACUCGCAAUGAGCCAUGGGGCCCCACAGGCACCCAGAUGACGGGUCUGGCCCGGCUCUCACACAACAGUGCCACCGACGAGGCCAUCAUCCUGGCAGUGCUGGAGCUGCGCCUCCGGUACCCCGCCGAACGAUGGAGGAAUGUGUACAAGGCCCUGACCGUGCUGGAGUACCUGCUGCGACACGGCUCCCAGGGCUGCGUGGUGUCUGGGCGCGAGUACCUCAUGCCCAUGCUGAAAGUCCUGUCCACCGGCUUCAUGUAUGUGGAUGCCGCGGGCAAGGACCAGGGGGCCAACAUCAGGCACAGGUCUGCCGUGAUCGUGGCCCUGCUGGAAGACCCAGAGCGCCUGGCCCAGGAGCGCCAGGCGGCCGAGAAGAAAGCGCGGGAGGGCGGUGUCGCGCGGGCGGGGGAGACCAAGGGCGUGAGCAUGGAGGCCAACGUGGCCAACCUGGAGGCCCUGCGCGCGUUGCUGGCCCGGCCCGAGAACGCGCGGUGCGGCGACUGCGGCGCCGGCGGCGCGCGCCCCUCCUGGGCCUCCAUCAACACGGGCGUCUUCCUGUGCAUGCGCUGCGCAGGCGUGCACCGCGGCCUUGGGGUCCACGUCUCCCAGGUCCGGUCCUGCACGCUGGACACAUGGCUGGCGCCGCAGGUGGUCUUCAUGGCCGCCACGGGCAACGCCGUGGCCAACGCCUAUUGGGAGGCGCGGCUGGCGGACCGGCCGCCCUGCCACUCGCUCACCGACCUGGAGGCCUUUGUGCGGCGCAAGUAUGCCAGAAAGGAGUGGGCGGAGGGGGAGUGGCCGCCCGCCGCGGCGGGGGCCGGUGGGAGUGCAGACGGGGGAGGGGAAAGGGUGGACGGCGGCGAGCGGGCGGCGGGGCCCGCCUCCGGCGGGCGCGCGCCCACGAAGAUCGGCGCCCUGCCUGGGCCGAGCCCGCGGCCUGGCACGGCGCCGCGACAGGGUGUGCCUCCGCAAGACCUCGCCCCCGCCGCCCCGCCGCCCGCCGCCGUCGUCGACCUGAUGGACUUUAGCGUGGAACCGGAGCCGCUCGGCGCCGCGACAACCAGCGGCGGGGCCGAUUUGUCGAGCGCCGACCCCCUGGCCGCCCUGAGGCAGCUGGACUUCAGCGCUCUACCCACGACCAGCAGCGGCACCACGCCUCCACCCAGCGCCUUUGCCGCCCCCUUCCCGGGCCACACCCCUGCGCCGGCGCCAGACCUGUUUGACCAGCUGGCCAGCGGCGGCAAGUCGGGCCGCCUGGGCGGGGUGGCGGGGGCGACGUCCUGGGACUUCAGCUCGGCCCAGGGUCUGACGCGCCCGCCGCCCGAGCAGCGCCAGCCCGAGGGCCAAUUGAGCUCAAUGAGGGCUGGGGCUCUGAACGGAAGCCCCGCCCCUCAAGUGAACGGCGCAUCUCCUGCGGCACGCCGACAGCAGGACGCCGACGGCUCCGUGCCGGCGCAGCAGCCCACACCCGCGCCCGGCGGGCAGGCUCGGCGGCCGCGGCUGGAGCUGCCGCAGGCGGGCUGCUCGCCAGCGCCCAAGCCCGCACGUGACGCCCGGAUCGAGGCGAUGCUGCAGUCUGGGCUGGACGACUUCCUGCUGGCUUCCGCGAGGGUGGCGGCCCAGCCGUGUGCGGCGCUGACGCCGGGGGGCAGGGCCGACCCGUCCCCGGCCAUGAGGGCCCCGCGCACGCAGUGGCAGUGA